AAAUCCUCUCUUGCAAGUCGUUGUGUUGACUGACGGUUGGAUUUGGAGUGGCAUUAUGGCGUCCUUCUAAGCAAGUUUUAUGUAGGAGUAUUCUAAAUUUUAAUUUUAUUGUUCUAAGGGUGACAAAGGAAAAAUUUAAUGUCUGUUUCUUGUCUUUAAAAACAUUAACUCUUUCCGGUAUUUAAAACUUCCAAUUACCUUCCUACUUAUGAGCAUCGUGUAUCUAUUCUUUCAUUAGCCUAAACAUGACUCCUCCGAGUUGGGCAUAUCAGGCAGAUAAUUUUGAUCCUCCACCAGAUGAAGAACUUAUUUGUAGUGUUUGCCGUUCUGUAUUUUGUGAUCCAGUCCAAUCUCCAUGUAACCAUGUGUUUUGUCGGACCUGCAUCAACAGAUGGUUGGAGUCGAAUAGAAACUGUCCAAUAUGUCGCAAAAGAACAACAAAAUAUACAGUCCAAGAAGUUGUUCCUAUUGUCAAAAACAUGAUAAUGAAAUUAACAUUAUAUUGCCAUAACAAAGAAAAAGGUUGUAAAGAAAAAUUUACCUUAGAAUCAUGUGAAGGCCAUUUGAAAGUUUGUUCGUAUGAAAAGGUUCGCUGCAGUAAUAAACCUUGUAGAGAACUGUUAAUGCGAAAAGAUUUAGAAGAUCAUGAAUUAAAUAACUGUCUUUAUAGAUAUAUAAGAUGCCAAACUUGCACUUUAAAAUUGUCACCCAAUGGACAUAUUAAACAUAACUGCAUUAAAGAUCUUAAGAAGAGAUUGAGAGCAAAAAAUGAAUUGAUAAAAAUAAAAAAUCAGAAAAUUAGGGAACUUCAAGCAGAAAUUAAACAUCUAAAGGAAGUACAUGUGGAAAGUUCAGAUAUGUCUUCAUUGGAAAGUCUUUCUGCAGGUGAUGUCAUGAUAAGUAUUAAUGCAUUAAAUGAUACAUUUGAUUCAGCUGAAUAUAUAUCUGAUUCUGAUGAUUAUUCUUCUCAAUUGGCUAAUUAUUUGGAUAACAGUUUCCGUGAUCAUGUUUUUGAGGAUUUUAUGCAAGACAAUUCCAAUGAUAGUAUUGAAUAUCCACGCUCUUCCGACUCUGCAAUUGAUAGACAUUCCACUCCUGCAGCUCAUGGAAAUUCUACUGCUUCUAAUCAUUUGGAAUCCACUGAUGAUGAACCACAGGUAAGAAGACCUAUAAAGCGCAGACUUCCCGUUAGAACUCUUGACUCUUCAGAGGAAGAUAAUGAUAUAGAUGUGGAACCUCCUCCUGCACCUUCCCCUAAACGUACCCCUUGGUGUCGGGUACGUGCAGAAGCUGGGCAGUCAUCUUCUCAGGCAGCAGCAGAUGUCCUGCAAUCUGCUCCUCAAAGUAUUAUUGAAAAUGAUCAUUUGCCAUCUUCAUCCACUGCAAGUUGUUCACGCGAUGAAGCUCAAUCAUCACAUUCUAACAUUCCUUUCAAGCUUCGUCCUUCUCGUGUCAUGAGAUCUAGCACUGAUCAAGUUACAGUUGCACCUGUCAGUAGGAAUUCAAGAGCUAUCUUCGAAAGGACUAGAGCUUUGUUAGAACAAUAUAGUCUAGAAUCGGACCCUGAGUGGUUACCUCCAAAUCCCAUGCAUGUUGAAGAUGUACAAUAUGAUUCGGAUUCUAGUUAUCGUCCUCCAGUUUAUCCAGAUGAUCACUUUUCCACGUCUAGCGAUUCUAGUUCAAGUGAAGGUGAUAGCUCUUCUGAUAGCUCUUAUGUAGAUGCUCAAAGCAUGACUAAUAUGUUAAGUGGGCUGUACAGUACCAGUAGUAGUGAUGAUCCAGAUUGGAUUCCAUCUUCAAAAUAAGCAAGCAAAGUAUCCCUUAACUUUUGAAAUUUUUCAUGCAUGUUCGUGAUUCUACAAGUAUUAAAGAUUCAUUGUGAUGUUUGCAUAGUUAUUACAUUUCUUCUAUCCCUUUGAUACUGUUUCUGCUUAUUCAUAAAUAUCUAAAAUUGUGUAAAAUAAUUCAUGGUUUUCAAAAUAAAAUUUAUAAAAGGAAA